AUGUGGGUGAAUAAGGAUCUCCGAGAAAAUAGAGAGGCGAGGGACCGUCCCGGCAGGUCUUUUGAUAAUGACAGAAGCAGCCUGGCUCAACCUGAAGACUCCUCGCAAUCACGCCAUCAGAUACACCAACAGGAGGCGCCGAUUCCCCGUACGAGAACUGAGGGAGAGAAGAUUAAGCGAGACAAAAGCCCAAGAGGGUUUGCCCUUAAAAAAUUGCCGAAGGUUUUUGUCAAAAGGGGCCUUCAGCGAUCACCGCCAACCAAGGACAAGGAGCGCAGGGAGAGUUCCCGUUCUGGGUCGAUGGGAGCUGCGCAUAGAACUGGGCAGAUUCACGGGCGAUUCAGGGAUAAUGGGCUGAGCUUCUCGGCCCGUCCAGUCAAGAUCAAUCUGUAUGGGGAUGCCCAGUGCCCUAACAAGAAGUUAGUCUGGCUUCGUGAUAAGGAAGCUCAGGGACUGUCUAGUACCGGGACGAUGGCCGGGGAUGCUUCGCGUGCAGCGCGAGUUGAGAAACAAAGUGAUGGGGAGGCUACUAGAUUUGACCGCCCUAAUGAGAUAACUCGACGAAGGCAGCUGAUCCUUGAAGAUGAUUCAGAUGAUGAUUUCUGA